AUGAAAUUAUUUGAAGCUAUUUUUGGAGUUUUUGUUGUUGUUGCUUUUGCCAUGUCAUCCCCAGUCCCAGAAGAUGACGAGCCAGCACAUCAAUUCACCCUCCUGAUCUGUCAAAACUGGAUGGUUAUUGGCAAUGGAAUUCACGGAGAUCUCAACACUGAAUUAACAAACGCUUUAAAUCAUUUCAUUGACUUUAUUUAUUCCUACCAAGACUUGUACACAAGUCAACCAAAAGCUGAGUUCUAUGCAGCUGUAGAUAGUGAAUAUAAGCAAGCAAAUGCAACUUUUCAUUCAGCAAAAAAUAUUGCAAUAAUUAAAAUUGCUAAGAAAUUCAACAUUAAUGUUGACCAAGCUGCAGAUUUGUUGGCUAAACCUGAAGAUUUUCAGAUGCCAUUUAGCUGCAUUCGUCACAUUUUGACUAAAAUGUCUUGUGCCUUUAACGACACUCUUGAACAAGCUAAGUUCGCUCUUGAGUUGCUUGGUGAGACUCACAGUUAAAUGAACUAUCGAGGACGAAUUUUGAGGU